AUGAAGAGAGCUUGCUCACAGUUGGGAGGCGUUUCUGGCGCAUCCGGGUCGAGGCAGACCCAGAGUCAUCAGCAGACCCAUUCAGUCCAGACUUCGAGAGUCCACCAGGGAGCCGCUUCGGCACAGUCAGUUCAGCAAGCCUAUGCUCCAAGGGAUGAGCAGGUUGACCAGAGGCCUCAGGGGCGCGUGUAUGCUGUUAUAGCGCCAGAGCAGAUGCCAGGACCUUCGGUCAUGAGAGGUAUAUUUAUUGUGUGUAAUUCAUUGGCCAGUGUGUUGAUAGAUACGGGUGCGUCGCAUUCAUUCAUAUUUGCAGCAUUUGAAUCCGCAUUGGGGUUAGAGGUGGCACAGUUAGCGUCUCCACUCAGAGUUGAGUCGCCAGUUGGGGGUACAGUUGACCUAGACUGGGGAUGUCGUGAUUGUGAGAUAGAGGUUGCCAGGCGUAGACUUUCGUUUGCUUUUGUGUUGUUAGACAUGUCCAGUUUCGACGUUAUUCUAGGCAUGGAUUGGUUGUCUUCGUAUCGGGCAGUGAUUGAUUGCUUUCGGCAAAGAGUCUCAGUGUGCACUUCAGGUGGCGAUUGUUUUUAUUUUCUGGGAGAUAGGGUUGAUCGGGCCUUGUCACCGGUGUUUGAUCCUCGUAGUAAGAGCGAGCUUAGCAGCCUUCUAGCUACUCUCUUGAAUAGUGAGAGUGUCGGGACUCGAGUUGAGUUGCCAAGGGUGGUGUGUGAGUACCCGAAGGUGUUUCCCGAAGACCUUAUCAGUUUGCCACCCCACCAGGAGAUUGAGUUCACUAUCGACUUAGUGCCUGGAACGACACCCAUUUCUAUGGCGCCGUAUAGAUUUGCCCCCGCGGAGUAG